UUCACCACGUAAGACUGUUCCACCGCAACACAGAUCCCAUUUGAAGAGAAUAGAUAUAGCACUUUAACCACAUCAUUAGCAUUAAGAUUUGCAUAAGUGGGUUAGUAGUCAGCACUCAGCAAUGGAAAUCUCUGGAGCGACACCCGAGCCUGCUGUGUUAUAUAUUCCAUCGCACCAGACCACCAUGCACACAGAUAGAGAGAGAAGAACAAGAGAGCCGAGUGGUUGGAAUAUGUUCUUCGUUUCUGUGCACCCUCCUAAUUCCAUGUUUGUCUUUCUUUUAUGUCGUUUCGUUUGAAGGAGAAUUUAUGAACCAUGGAUUGAUGGAUUCAGAGGCUGCUUCUUCUUCUUCUUCUUCUACUUCUGUCUCUAUUUCUUGUGUUGUAUGAAUCCAAAGGUUUCUUUGUUUCAUGCUCAAACAUUCCUGUCGAGUAUCUAAACACACAACAAGAUUUCUUCAGUUGAAACAGUAAAAAGAAGAAGAAAAAUCCCGACUUUGGCUUCGACAUGGUUUGAAUUCUCAGACUGCAAGUCCUCUUCUCAGUUGAUUCCUCUGCAGCGCAAAGCCAGCCAAACACAAGAAAAAAGAAGGAAAACUGCAUCAAGAUCUCACCUUUGGGUAGGAGAAACCGGCUGUGGCUCUUCUUCUUCCUCCAAAGAAUGCAGGAUUCGACGGCGUCGGCGGCAGUUCAAGCGGCAGGGCCUCGGUUUCCCGAGCAAGAGCAGAAUCUGAGGUGCCCCCGGUGCGAAUCCACCAACACCAAGUUCUGCUACUACAACAACUACAACCUCUCGCAGCCGCGUCACUUCUGCAAGAACUGCCGCCGCUACUGGACCAAAGGCGGCGCCCUCCGCAACAUCCCCGUCGGCGGCAGCACGCGGAAGAACUCCAAGCGCUUCAACGCCUCCUCUUCGUCCUCUGCUGGGUGCAGUAUCAAGCGAUCCAAUCCUCCUACGCCCCUGCCUCGCCUCCCUGACCUCCCCAAGCCCGAGCCCUUCUCUGUUCUCUACCCGCCUCUCGACCCCGACCGCCACUUGCUCGACAUGGCGGGAAGCUUCAGCUCGCUGCUGUCAUCCGACGGGCACUUGGAAACCUUCCUGGGCAGCAUCCAUCCGGCGGGCGGCGGUUGCGCUACGUCGUUGCCGAGCUCGAGCAGCGUGAACCGCCGCAGCGUUCGCGUUCAGGGGACGGAAUCGCCGAGCCCAGCCGGCGACAUGUCGACGCCAGCUGUGGAGAACGUCGAAAGACUGGAGACCGAUUCCGAGUGCUGGUCUGCGGGGUGGACGGAUCUUGCCAUCUACAAUCCAGGUUCGAGCAUGCAGUGAAAGAAGAUAACUUGCAACAUAAAACUACAAAGAUCACACUUUUUCUUGUUCGUAUAGUCUUCUUUUAAUGCAAUUUAAUAGAUAUGUUCAUACGGAUAGAUACAUAGUGAUGAAGAGAUGGAUUUCCAGGUUCCAUUUCCCUGUCUAAUCUAUUCGAUCUUAGUGAGAUUGGUUUUGAGAGUCGAAGUUUCCUGUGUUGUGCAUGUGGUUUCGCAUUGGUACUCUGAUUUCUUCAGAGGAGAAUGUGGAUGGCUAUUUGGUUCACAGAUUAAUGAUGCAGUGAAGGACAAUAAUCUCCAGUAGAACAGCCAGUGUCUGAUGCAUUCAGAGUCAUAUCCUGCUGCUUUUGCACCAACAAUAAUGGCUGAUUCAACAUCAGAAUCCUAAACAAGGUAG